UUAAAAUCGAGAAAAUGUAGUUUUUGAAGACACGAUAUGUUAGAAAUUUGUGACUGCGCCUGGGGUUCGUCUUCUACAUUCACAGUCGAUUAAGGCGCGUCUCUGAUCCUCUCGGACGUAGGUUCGAAUCUUCAUCACGACCCUUGUGAAUUUGUUCAUUUGAUGCAUCACGCUAUUGUGUUUUCCGUAUAUAGCGGUGAUCAAUCACUGGAAGAGAAAAUGGAAUUGUUGUCCUUCCAGCAUGGGUAGUUGGAGGUGGACAGUGUGGGUGGUUAUGGCGGCGUGUUGUGGUGCGACUCUCGGCGUGUGGGUGGACGAGGAGCUCAAGCUUCCCCACUUAGAGCACAGGGCUCUCUUGGACCAGGACGGCGCCUACGUAAUGCUGUGGACGCCCAGAGAGAAGGAUGUCGUAUUCGAAGUUCAGGUGGCGACGCGUGGGUACGUUGGCUUGGGGUUCUCUCCCAGCGGAGGCAUGCAGGGAGCAGACAUCAUCCUGGGCUGGAUCUGUGACAAAGGCCAUGUCUUCCUCUACGAUCUUCACGGAGAAGGUAACUGGCAUCCUGUCCUCGACGACUCGCAGGACCUGAAGAUUCUUGGAGGAUACCAGAACGACACCCACACCGUCCUGAGGUUCUCCAGGCUCUGGGACACCUGCGACGACUGGCACGACUUCCAUAUCACUAGCGACACCACUCGCAUCAUCUGGGCAUACGGGCGCGAGGACCCACCUGACGUAGGGAGAGUGGCGAUGCAUGGACACAGAGGGACCAAGAGCUUGUACCUGCAGGAGCCAAGGUUCUCUCUCCCGGACUUCGGCGACGAUGUCUCCGUCUGGAAUUUACACGCAAGUAAUGUGAGUCUGCCAGACGACUCUGACACGUUGUACUGGUGUAAGCUCUUCAAAGUACCUCCCUUGCGGCGCAAGACUCACGUUAUUGGGUUCGAGCCAGUGAUUGAAGCCAGGAACCUGGAACACGUCCACCACAUGCUUAUCUUCGAGUGCACCCUGGAGGAUGCCGCCAGGCAUUACGAGAAGUGGCUGCAGGUGAAAGGAGCUCAGUGUUACACCCGCAAUAUGCCCCUCUCUUGGUUUCACUGUACUGUACCGGUUGUAGCCUGGGCUGUUGGAUCUGAGGGAGAGAUGUGGCCUGAUCACGUGGGCUACCCACUUGGGGAGGAACAUGGAGGAACGAAUUAUUUUAUGAUGGAGAUCCAUUACGACAACCCCAAACUUAAGAAAGGCGUAGUGGACGGGUCUGGCAUUCGACUCUACCACACGGAGAAGCUGCGUCAGUAUGAUUCUGGUGUCUUCUCGGUGGGUCAUAGCGUCUCUUCCAGCCAUAUCAUCCCUCCUGGACAAAACUGGAAAACAAUUGGCCACUGCUUCAGUGAAUGUACCAGACAGAGUGUGCCUGAAGGAGGGUUGAAGGUGUUCCAAGGGGUCCUGCACGCUCAUCUCCUGGGUAGAGACAUCACCCUCAGACAAAUCCGCAACGGACGGGAACUCCCAGUCAAUUUUAAGGAUAUGUUUUAUGACUUCAACUACCAGCAGAGCAGAGUACUCAAACACGAGAUGACGAUCCUCAAGGGAGACUCAUUUAUCAUAGAAUGUGGCUACGACUCUACCAAGACUACCGUUCCAACUUUUGGUGGGUUAAACACCCGGGAGGAAAUGUGCCUGGUGUUUCUCUUCUACUACCCCAAGGCCGCCUUUGACGAAUGCAAGUCGGCACCCGAGUAUGUAAAUCUCCUGAGGACUCUUGGCGUCAGUGAAGUAUAUGAAAACAGGAAGUUGCUAGACAUUAACAGAAAGCUAAAAAUUGACGAAGAGAGAGAGAAAAAAGAGGCUGCGAAGAUGAUUGAAGGCUUCACCUCCCCGCAUGAACCACUCACGAUGUCCCACCAGUACCAAGCCAUCAUAGCCAAAGAACCUGCUGCGGUUCGCAACAUGUCCGUGUAUGACAUCCUUCACAGCAAUGCCACCUGGCAAAAUGCCACACUCCUGAAGUCGCUUCAGCAGCAAGUGAUAUACGGACCACAUGAAAUGAGAUGCAUCACGAUACUUGGAAGGGACAAAUAUGUUUCUGAAGUUCAAAGCUACCCAGAGUUCUUGGCCAUUCAGCCCUUGAAGCCGGAGUGUGCGGUCAAGGGAAGAUCUCGGCCCACAGAGAAGGAGCAGGCUCGGCGACCUGGCCCAGACUCAGAGGCUUAUACUGUGGAGCCUGAACCCUUCUGGACGCAGACCAACUACCAGAAACCCCAUGGAAAGAAGCCAGUGGCGCCAUCUUCAGGAUCAACAUCAGGUGGACAACAGGACAGUGUUGCAGGCCCGGCUUUCCUGUAUGUGUCACUGAUCCUGACCUGCCUCUUCUACACCCACCAUUAAGUUCUCGACACUGAUAUGUGUUGAGAACAACACUUGCCGAAAGUGUAGUGCAUCAAAAUGUUCUCCACACGUUCAGAAGAUGGUCAUAAUGGUUUAUUGUAGUGCAUAAAUAGGCUUCGUCACGUUGUAAUAGUUUUUUUAAGUUUCUUUUUAAUCAACUGCUAAUACCAGGAGAGUUCUGAUCGCAAAAUCCAUGAUUAUUCAUUUUUAUUGUUCACAGAAAAACUAACAAAUUACAAAAAUUCUCAUGAUUAAGUUUUAAGUAAAUAAUGCACAUUGUUGCAAUUAAAAAAUUUCUAAGAG